CACAGAUUGUAAAUUGAGUGUAAAUUCCUCGUACAUUCAGUAUAACUUAAAAUGUUGGCGUUUCUGAAACAACAUAUAAAAUUGUACAAUAAUGUGAAGAUUGCAAAUUCUACUGAUUGGACAAGAGUUUGACGUAAUGACGUAAAUAGGAAAACGAAAAAGAAAUGCUAAGUACUUGUGUAGUGAGUGAGUGUUCAAUCGGGCGUUAAUAUUUACCUAACUAAUAUCUACCCACUUUGUAAUUGAUUUACUGAAAUUUAUUAAUAACGCGAUGUAUAUCUGUUUCCGUCGUUAUAUUGCCGUUAGAACAGAGUCUUUUGUCUCGAAAUCUUGUUCGCCCUGACUAAAAGUGAAAUAAAUAGCGAAUAAAAUAGGAAUUUGUAUUUAUCUAGCCAUGGAGUCCGAGUAUCAGCCAAAACUAAGUCCGGUGCGAGCAUAUUCAGUUAUGCACGGAAACACUGCGGAGGCGGACGAGUCUUUCACCAGCCUGUCGGACUACCAUGACUACGAGCCCAGGCUGGAGUUCGACGACUCGGAGCUGACGCAGCCCAUACCCAGUGAUGAUCUAGAUCUGCCACCAGAGUUACUGGAUAUACCCGACAACCUACUACAGCGGUCGGCGAGCGAUGGGACCAUUGAAGAGAAUUUCGAAGAGGAGCUGGCCACCAAACUUGAAGAAAUCUACACCGAGAUAGCGUCAACGACGCUGGACGAUAACUUCGCGGAUCUCAGGGGCAGCGGAUUGGUGGAAGUGGUGGGCGACGACGCGAUUGGACGACGCAUCGUCGUGGUGUCCGCAUGCCGGCUGCCGUCCAAUAAGGAGCUGUCACCGGACAAGCUACUCAAGUACCUGAUGUUCACCUUGGACAAAUACGUCGAACAGGACUACAGCCUGGUCUACUUACACUGCGGCCUCACCAGGAACAACAAACCGCCCACAUCCUGGCUCUGGAAGGCGUACAAAGCCUUUGACAGGAAAUACAAGAAAAACCUUAAAGCACUGUACCUGGUUCACCCAACUAACUUCAUAAGGAUAGUCAUGCAAAUGUUGAGGCCGGCCAUAAGCGUGAAGUUUGGGAGGAAGGUCAUGUAUUUUAAUUACCUGCAUGAGCUGCAUCCGCAUGUGCAUUUGGAUAAGCUGAGGAUACCGCAGCGGGUUAUUGAGUACGACCAACUGCUACUCUCCAAAAACCCAAAAGCUGCCGAAGCUGCCAAACGAAUAUUGGAAAAGCAACCAAUAGUGGAGCAGACAGACAAGACUGGAUGCAAGGAUGGUCUCUCGCCGCCACCGACGCAACAGUUUGGGGUGUCGCUGCAAUUUAUAAAGGAGAAUAAUUCCAAUAUGGUGGAUUCCAUACCACCGGUGGUGAGGCAGUGUGUAGAGUUUCUUUCGCAACCGGAUGCACUAGAAACAGAGGGAAUAUUCCGUCGUUCAGCGAAUAUUACCGUGAUAAAAGAGCUCCAGCGACUCUGCAACCGCGGCGAGCCGCUAUCCUUCAGAAGCGAUCCUCAUAACGCCGCUGUUCUGCUUAAGACCUUCCUCAGAGAUCUUGAGGAGCCGUUACUGACGUUUGACCUUUAUGAGGAGAUCUUGAAGUUCCAAUGUAAGUACUUGUACAAUGCGGUUUACUUUACCGUUAUAAAAGUGUCCCAGCGGCUCUGCAACCGCGGCGAGCCGAUGUCCUUCACAAGCUAUCCACACAACGCCGCUGUUCUGCUUAAGACCUUCCUCAGAGAUCUUGAGGAGCCGUUACUGACGUUUGACCUUUAUGAGGAGAUCUUGAAGUUCCAAUUGUGGUCGAACCGCGACAAGCCAAGGCAUGUGAAAAUACUGAUCCUGGAAUGGCUCCCGCCCGACAACUAUAAACUACUGAAGUACAUCAUACAAUUCUUAUGGAAGGUCCAAGACCGGAGCUGCCUCAACAAAAUGACGAGCAGCAAUCUCGCGGUGGUGUUCGGGCCGAACCUCGCCUGGCCGCCCAACGGCCAGAUGUCCCUCCAAGCCAUCGCGCCCAUCAACGCGUUCACGGACUUCCUCCUCAAUAACCAGGAGACUAUAUUCAUUAUUUAAGUGUUGAUAGUGUUGGAAUUUAUGGGUACCGAAUCGAGACAUAAUUAAGCCAUAUUUCGGAGUGAUAAGAGAAGAAAAAAAAAGGACUAAAAGCAUGGUUAGUCCGACUAACACAAAGGAUAAUGAUGUAAAAGUUUAAGAGAGCGGUUUCUUUGGCAAGUCUAAUACAUUGGACACGCUUAGUACCGCGGUAGCAAAUUCUAAGUAUACGGUAUUAAUUCAAAAUUUUAUUAUUUUCGUGUGGCGAUCGUCUAUUACGCGAAGCCAGCAGUAGGCACAUCAGAUGAAAUGGCCAAUACAUGUUUCGAUUUUCUUGAUUAGUAUAAUUAAUUCUGAAUUUAAUAACGUAACACUUUUGAGUUUUUUGUUCGAAGCGAAUUGUUUUACGUACAUAUUGAUAUAAAUGAUAAAAAAAUCACUCUAUUACCCAUAUUGUAAAAUAAAUCAUAUCCCUGCUUUCCUGUUCUAUGUAAUUGAUUGAUUAUAUACGACGACAAAAGGUUAAUGGCAGUGUAUAGAAGAAAUAAAAUACAGGAAUGUGAUGAUCUGACGUACUCUAUAGAAUCUUUGGGAUACUGAAAUAUUUCGAAAUUAGAUCUAGUGAAAUUAAAAAUAAGGUAUAUUUGCAAACAAACUAAAAUAAACUUAAAGGUUUCUAAAUUAAUUCUAAUGGAUUUAUGAAUAUUAUCUAAAAUAGUAAUUAAAUUAAAAAAAAUAAGGGCAAUACGGAGUGGCUGGACAUUAGUACCCGUUUACACAUUCAUACAUUUCUUACUUGCUUUUAUUGGCAAAUGUAUGAACUUGCAUAAACACUAAUCAAUGUAUGAAGGCCAUUUACACUUAACCGCAGCCACUUACCCGUAUUGAACUUACAGUAGAUACAUUUCCCCAGUUUUGCCCCUAUUUAAACAUGUCUUCUAUGAAAAGCCUCAAAUGUGUUGUAACUAAAUCUUCCUUAGUUCUUGUUUUAAACAGUAAUCAUGGUAAAUCUUCCCAAUGAUGGUUCGAGGCUAUAUCACAUCAGAGCUGCAUUUUUUUUGCUAUAAGUCAUUAAAGCUGCAUCCACACUUUGCAACUUUUUUCGAGCGUCAAGUAAUUAGAUACGUUCCACAAAAGUGAACUACCCCUUCGUGUCGCAAACUCUCAAAAAUUAUAUAUUAAAAUUCCAACAACUAAAACUGCGAAUGCCACCUGAAGGGUUAGUGUAAAUGCACCUUAUGUGAUGCAUAGGUGUAUAAAAAAUCGCCUAACCUCUUCCAGCAGCGAUAUUAGGCCCUGUGUCACAAGUUAUCAAUACCUCUGUAGGCAAGGUUUUAUACCUAAUUUACCAUUGUAUUCAUUGUAUUGUGUAAAGGAAAGACACUGCUAACUGUACCCCUAGUGUAAAUUUUAUCGACAUCAUAACGUGACGAACGCGUUUGCGUUUAGUCUCAUUUUGUAUAGGAUUUUGAGUUUCCAAAACGUCCCGCUUGGCGCGCUCUUUCUAAAUCCAAUACAAAAUGAGACUAAACGCAAACGCGUACCUCACGUUUCAAAAUCGAAUUUAUUUACACUAGGGGUACUGUAAGAGUAGUAGGAUAAUACGUAAUGUGUGUCAUAACAUUUUUCUUUACCCAAUGACAUUUCCAUUUGAAAUGAUUUUUUCCUCCGUUUAAAGUUGAUCGCUCCACACUUUGAUGACGUAGUGCUGAAACGCUGAUGUCAUGAACCGUCACAGGAAGAAUUUUACCAUGACAGUGCACACUGUCAAAACACUGACUGUUUAGAUAGUAGAUUUCCGUUUAAUUUAAAAAAAAGGUUUAGGCUUCCUUUUUAAAUUAAUUCAUUGUAUUAUACUUCAAUGGUUUUGGGCUUUAUUUAGAUAUUUAGGAAUUCCUUUGCAUAGUAGGAAAGUGCUCGUGGACUGUUAAAUGCCAUGAUGUUGACCUUCGAUAGAAGAUAAUCACGGAAGAGUAGGAAAGUGUUUGAAAUCAAAUCAUUUCACACGCAUAGGUAGAAAUGUCAGUAUUUGCUUCUAUCCAGUAAUGAAGCUAAAUAAUUGGGCUUCCUUUUUUACACCAAGGGGUCCACACAUUGGACGGUGCACUGUGGAACGACGCCAUACAUGUGGUUGACAUGAGAAUUUUCCGUUUCUGAAGUGUACGAUUUGGGAGGGAUAAUCCUGAACAGAUUCCAAAGAUCCUUGUUAAAUUCCAACCACAAGAAUGGCGUUGUUGCACCGUGCGGUGGAACCCUUCUGCAGAUCUGCAGUAGGCUAGAAAUCGAGAUUCUUUAGAUGAUCUGUCUGAUCAGAGCCCGCUUUCCAGAUCCCAUCGCAUAAUUAAUGGCUUAAAAAGUUAUCAGAGAUAACACUGAACUGAAAAUUGCACGUCCAUGAUGCUUUAGAUAAAAAAGAUUGCAUGAAAAACACAGUCACCCAAUUUGAUUCCUAUGCCACUAUAGAACCUUGUCGCUUUCACUACUAGAUACAUCACAUACAUCACUCAAUAAGCGCUGUGCAUAGAAGAUUAACAAAUUGAUUAAUUAUGACAUGGUUUUAGUGGCCUUGGAAUCACAUUGGUUGACUGUACGUCAAGCGACGAUGAAAGUGAGGUCCAAACAGAACGAGGCAUCUCUCAAGGGUAGCGCCGCGUGAAGCAACUUGGUCUGUAAAGAUAGAGGUACCUGGGCAAUAUUAUUUCAAGUUAUAUACAUAAAUCAUUUUUUUAUUUUAUUUGGGAAAUCUUAUUUUUUAUAUACCCAGAAUCAUGAGCUGUUUUGAUCCUAACAGGAGAUAAAAUGUAUCCCGAAAAUGUUCAUUUCCGUUACCAUUUUUCAUGGACUUAGUAUGCAGUAGUGGAAUGGAAACAAAUAAAAUUUUGGAAUACAUUUAGUAGUAGUAGAAAUAACAUAAAAAAUGCUCUAUAAAAAAGUGUAGGAUAGUUAUAACUAUAAAUAAAUCUAACGGCUCACCUCGCUUGAGACAUCGUAGCCGUGCGUGAGGUUAUCACGUGAGGCAUGUUUCAACGACCAAGCGGCUAUGCGCGGCAAUUGCCUCGCGAGGCGAAUCGUUCUGUGUAAAAUUAAAUUUGAAAACGUUUCACAACCAAGGCGUUUAUCGCAUCGUAAUAUAUAUUCUUAUGACAAUGCAAUAAGGAUUAUCAUUAAUAAUAAGAAAUGGAUUAUGGGUAAUGCACUAUACCUGACCUAAAGGCUUUCAUAAAAUUGUAUAUGCAACGUAAUAAUUAAUCAUAGUAAUUAAAUAGCUAUUAACAAAGAUUUAACUUAUAAAAUUAUGUAAAUAUUAAUAAUUGUAGUGAUAAGAUAUACUAAUAUUUUAAGUAUAUAAUAAUCAUGAUUUGUACCUAAGCGAUAUCGAAUUGUCACUCAAAUAAAAUUUGUGUGAAAAUGUUUGUUGAUGGUGUGAAUCCGAGCAGUUUCUUAUAUCUAAAUCAUCACAUUUCAGAUUUUUAUCCACAUUUAUAUUUGGGGACAUUUCCUAAGAAACUUCGCCCUUUUGGUUAAUUACAAUAUAGGGAAUUUUAUUUAAAGUUGUAUAUUAUACUUUGUUUCUCAAUUUAGAUUUUUUUAUGUUAUUGUACUCAAAAUCACGAGCUUUAUUAACCUAAUAGGAGUAAAAAAAGUACCAAACUUAUCAUAAUUUUGUUGUUCUUUCCAUUCCGUUUCCGUCAUAAAAAGUCUAUGAAAAAUGGUAACGUAAUGGAAAUAAAAACCAUGUGACACUUUUUUCUCCUAUUAGAGAUAUAAUACUAAACUGUCCUAAUUAAGAAAAAAAUGUAGCACUACUUUUUGUUUUAAAUGUGCCGUAUACAUUAUCCGUCGUCAUUAUUGAAAGAUGCCCCUUAAAGAAAGGCCUCAAGCUAGGAAAUAAAAGCGCAACGCCAUCUUGUAAACUCACUGAGACUUUAAAUGGCGUUACAUUGUGCAGUGGUGCCAUCUACAACAAAGAAUCGCGACGUUGUGCUUUAACCCUUUGUACGCCACGCCUAUCGUGUGCGGCGCGACAUCGUGAACCUUGUCGCAAUGCACGAAAGUUGAUAUUGGACUGUAGCCUCAGUUGAGGUUUUUGGCGGGCAAAGAGUGCUUUCUCUUCUCAGAUUUAUUGUAAAAAUGUUAUAAGAAAGUGCUCGGUUUCGACAACGCAGUGCCAUCCGGGCCAGUCCGGGUCGCGACACGGUAUUGGGAUCAUCACGUGUAUGCCAAAGCGAUUUAUAUAUCCGCGUGCGCUGCGGCGACAUCAUGGUGUGCUACGGUCCAUAGUAUAGUCAUAACCUACCCUAAUAUGGGUCGAACCAAGUUAACUUUGCAUGGCAUUUGCUAAGACAAAUUAUGGAAGCGUGCGUGAAAUAUGGCGUUUAUAAUGACAUCUGCACACUGUUCUGUCAGAGUCGGGUCAGAGUUUAGGAGUUAUCGACUCUUCUUUUAUUGAGGGAUAGGCACUUACUGUUUAACGAAACCCAUGCGAGAAGUUAGGGCAUCCGCUAUAUACGAGCGACGCUAACUGGCGCGGACGGUGUAUUCCCAUCUGUGCCCGGCGGGGACAUACAAAUAAUUCCUAUCUUUGCCCACCUCUUGUAUGGCGGUGGUCACAGAUUGGAAUACAACGCGCGGACGCGUGCGGCGGAUUUGAAAUACAAUGGCACCCGCGUGAAUGCACCCGCACCAGCUAGCGGACGCCCUUAGCAAGCCUUUAGCAAACAUGCGUAAAGUCAGACCACGCCAAGUUUUUCUGUUAAGUGCUAUAUCCAGUAUGGCAAUUCUAUGGGAUAAUGCCUUGCUACUGCCAAGUCAGUGCAUAGUUAGCGGGAUUAGAGCCUAUUCGCCAAAUCUGUUUUCAGGACAUAUGCCAUGAUGUAGCCGCAUCGUUAAGGUACGAUUUCACGCUUUAUAGAAAAAUUAAGUAUAUAAUGUCGACGUGCUAUAUUCUUACAAAACUGCGUUUAUAAUCGCUGAAGAUUCCACUUCGGCGAGGUAUUUGGAGCCCAUUUUGUAUAAAUAAUAUUAAAUACUACAUUAACGUCAUCUAGUGAGUUCAUUUACAUAAUUUAAAAAUUCUUUUCAAAAAUUUGGGCUUGGAAUUUGUACCUUGCGGCACUCCAACGACUUCGUUUUUUCUAUAAGAUUUUAUGAAACUUUUGAAGUUUAAUUUUUAAAUGUACAGUUAAGAUAAUAUAGUGUUUGUAAUAUGGUUGAGAUUUGUAGGUCAUACUGAGCACAAAUUAUUUAAGUUGCAAUACCGAUCCUUCCAUACAGUUCCAAAUAUACGUAUAAUUAUAUUUACUAUAGAGACUAUGUCAUGUUGCGUAAGAACUAAAAAUCUAAUUCGAGGGCCCGCUACCAAUACUAGUUUACAUGAAUUAAUUUCUAAUAAAUAACAAGCAUAUCCUCACUUCGAAAUUUUAAAUUAAAUCUCAUAUCUAACACCGCCACAUUGCUACCUACUCAGAGUUGAAACGCAGUAACUCUCUAUGCAUCCCAUACAUAGUUACUACAUUUUUCUUUUGAUUGAUACAUUUUUUUUAUGGUAGUGAGACAGAACAAGAUAAGAGUUUUUUUUAAAUAGCGACGAUAUGAGCGUUAUUCAUAAUUCCAUAAACGCUUGUCAAGUCUAACGAGGCCUUGAUAGGCAAUCGUUUGUCCUUAUCCGACCUUUUGGCAUAUGUGUUUGUUAGAAGGGGUUAAAUUUAACAAAGCAUUAAAUUAAAUAUAUUCCUCACAAAAAAAUUUGAACUUCGAUUACGUUAGUGGGCCCUUGUAUUUAUAAGGACCAUAAUGUCCGUAUAGUUAAUUAUUAUAAUUUCCAUGAUUAACGGUACGGUCCUUGUGCUAUAGUUAGCCACGGUAUUGAAUUGAGUUGAUAUAAAUUUGCUUUACUUAAUGCGUAUAAAAAUAUUUUUAUUAGCAUGAGUAAUAUUAGAUGACAAUCCCGCAAACUAAGAUACGAUUAAAAGAUAAAAUUAGAAAGAAAAGAUAAAAUUAAAACAAUAUAUAAAAUAAAAACCACUUCGAAAAUACAUCGUUUGAAGAAAAACACAGCACAGCGAUUCUGCAUCGCAUCAUGAGUCAUGACAAACAUAAAAUUAGUACAAAUUACGAGGUCUUACCACUCGCCGUCUACAUCUACACUUACUCAGUAGCAAACCCAAUUCGUCAGUAAAUAGGAACAAAGAAACUAUACUGUCCAUUGGUGGACCUUAUGCCUUUUGUAAUAAGGUCCACCGAUGGCCAGUUAACAGUGUGGGCGAUGGUACUACUCGUAAUACUAGCGAAAGACAAAUAAUAGUAUGAUUCUCUUAGUCUGUGUUUGAAAUGAGACAAGCUAUAAAGCCAUGGCAAAAUGCUCGUACGUUGCUUUUUUUAUGAUGUUAUUUAUCAAAGUGGUUUUCUAUUAUUUAUAAUACAAUUAUUUUUACACGGCUAAAGCACAAGCCAAUUAUAAAAGGCUAAAUUUACAAAAUCGAUGUAGUAGCUUAAUAAUAUGUGUAUAAUGAAUUAGGUCUUGACAAAUCGACAAUAGUUCGGCUAGGUAUGUGAGUAUCAUCAUCUAGUAUAGUUUCUGCUUCCGUAAAACAACUACAUUAAAUGCCCACAAGUCUGCCUUCCAAAAUUUAUACAUUUAUACAAAGUUCUGAGGAACUCUUUAUUUAGUCCUUGGUCUCCGAACAUUACGUUACACCCUACGCUGCGUAGAGCGUCACAAAAUUCUUAUCUUCCCAUACAACCAGAGAGCAAGACCUGACCAUAUGCACAUGCGACCACGUUUACACCGAGGUGAAUAUUUAAGCCAUGCUGAUCAACUUUUACUAUUGGGCCAACCACGAAACCGCGAAAAAUAAUCUGUUAUAUUAAAAAAAAUAAACAUAAUUCGCGCAAAUAUAUGAAAUAUAGUUUUUUUCGCGUUUUCUGGGUUGGUUCAAUAGUAAAAGUUAUUCAAUGUGACUUACAUAACCACCCCUCUGAGUAACUAUGGUCAGACUUAACUCCCUGUAUACAGCACCCCCUCCCCCCCCCCUCCCUGUAGCAGCUGUUGGAUCCGCACGCCGCUCUAAUGUGCGAGCGGGACGUCGCUAUAAACGCGCAUAGCGCAGUCUCGCUCACACAUCCGUGUGAUGUCCACGUAUUCGUCUACUUAAAACUGCAAGCGCGUACGUGCCUGUAGACCUGAUAUGUCUGAAUCCAAACUAAGUCUUCAAACAAACACUAUGUUUUGUUCAAUUCAUGCUUCGUGUGCAAAACGUAUGACCUGGUUAAGUUAUAUUUAUUAAUAUUUUACGCGUAUACUGUUCAACAGAUAGUUCAAAGUAGGUUAUAAGGUUUGUUUUAUUAUAUGUAUUCGAAUCUCUGAAAGUGUGUACCUAUAGCAUUCCAAAGUGACAUUAAAAAGUAUUAAUACCUGCAUCGCUUAGGAUGGUACCCAAUUCCACCUUAUUCCACCAUUCUAAAAGUAUAAUAAUUUGGUUGUUAGGCGCACGGUCAAACUUAAAGAUGGCAACCACCUAUCCAAUUUCUUUGUCCAAUGUGCAUUGCGUCUCACUCUCUCAUUAAGCAAAAUGUGAAAUGCAAAUACACAAUACAAUACACAUGCGAGUAAAACCCGAAUUAUUAUUGGGUUAACUCUUAGAAUCGUGUAAGGAUUAAUUUGGAAUUGGGUUACUUUCAUAUCAAGAACAAAUAUGUAUCAGACUAACACUUGUUGUGCAAUCAAACCCGUCUGGGCCAUUUAGUUAAUAAUUUUAUUUUGAUAAUAAAACCCUUUAAUGGGCAAUCUUCGAUUUUAUAUGGCAAAAAUGACCACCCUAUAACAAUGAUGUAUAACUUCAUUUCGAAAUGGCAGAGAUACUCGGGUUAAAUUGCCGGAAAAAUCCCAAUUACGUUUUGAUAUGAUCUUAUGAUGAGUACAGAUUAGUUUUUUUAAAUCCAUAAUUCAAUGUUUCCAUAUGUAAGAAAGAGACAAAACCUGUUAACUAACAUAGACAACUUAAGUUUAGCGAAUAAGCCGUAAUACUAUUCUUUCCAUUUCCAGUAACUAGCGAUUGAAACGUUACGCCCCCUAUCGUCAGAGAUAAAAAUGAAGACUGUUAAUCUAAAUGCAAUUUAUAGUAACCGAAAGUUCUCAGACAAAUAUAUCUUAGGGCCUGUUUCACAAUGUCCAAGUAAAGUCCUGAAUAAGCUACUUGCCACUUAUCUGACGCAUAAAGUCAUCGUUGGCGUUUCGCAUCUUCAAAUAAGCUUAACUGUAGUUUUAUCUGGCAGUUAAUUUAUUUGUUAAUUAGUUAUUAAAUACUUUACUCAGACUGGGUGAAACAUGCCCUCAGUCUGGUAUUUUGUCCUGAUCCACAUGUAAAUACAACGCCAAAUAAAAAUCGCAACAAAUUUUAUUGUUUCACGAUAGAUGGCGACACACACUUGUAUAGGCUCUUUCGGGAUACGUUUACUUUGUAUACUCGUAUAGAGUGAGUAAUCGAAUUGGGUCAGUGAGUGUGAAUCACAACUUUAAAGAGCCCGUAGGUUCGUGUUCUUCUGUCACCCUCACUAAGCGUAAGCGUGAGCAAGAUGGAUCUGCGUGCUCGGGACCGCGAAUAUUAUGUUUUUGAAUUUUAAUGUGUUCGCUCAAAAAUAAAAUUGGGCAUUUUUAUAAGUAAUUUUAGUGUUUGUUCAUAAAUUGUAACAAAUUUUUAUAGUGAUUUUAGACAGGUUCGUCGAAAAUGAAGUCUAGAGAAAAUCCUCAAGAUCGAUUUUUAUAUUGGUACCUAACCGUAUUAUCAAUUUAAUUAUCAUCUACAAAAGCGGUACGAUUUUUCAAAACUUUGCUCUCUGAACCUACGGCACCUUAAGAAAUAAUAGCAAAAUUGGUCAUUAGUAACGAAACUGUUUCCGAGGUACAAUCGCUGAUCUUUUUGGAUUGCUCACCUUGUAAUUAUUUUAAAAUAAUUCAAAAGGACAAAUUAUGAUUCCAUAAAUAUUAUAUCUUAUAUCAUCUGUUAGCAACCAAAACAUACUAAUCAGAAAUUGCGGUCUUUAAUCUGUAAAGGUCUCUGAUCUCGCUAAGGCGACGCGCUACUUGUAAAUUUUGGUUUCCUAUACGACGAUGAUGAAAAGGACCCAUUCCAGUUUCAGGUGUACAGCCGGCUGUAUUAUCUAAGGCUGACAUUUUAUAUCUAAGAAAUGUUUUUUUUUUUAAUGAUUUUAUGUUUUGUAAUGAUGGUUUUAUAAACUUUUACAAUGCCUAUUGCAUGAUUUUCCAUCUAUUCUAAAAAUGGGUGGAUCAACUUUAUAUGUUGUAGUUUUGUCCCGUCGGCCGUCAGGCGGGCUACAAUACUGGCAUAUUAGUUUGUUAGAAGACUUAUUACUUGAAUACGAUUUUCACCGAACGGGCGGAUUUCACAUUUGCACAGACGCAAGCCGGUCGGCUGCGCGCGGACUCCAUCGCUUCUGCGGCGGUAUCAUGGUCGCAUUUUUAUCACUUGUCAUGUCAUGCGUCACUUUUGCACUUACCUAUUUGUUAGAACGUGACAGACAUGAUGACAGAUGAUAAAAAACCGACCAUCUUAGCCCGGCUGCCUUACAUAAUGUAUAACUUACAAAAUGACCUCAGCCGGGCGGUGGGAAUCGUACAUUAAUAUGUUCUACUUUGCUUAUUAGAUGAUUUAGUUUCGGUUUCGGCCGAUAAAAAUUAUGUUUCGGCAGGAAGUUCAUUUUCGGUCAACAAUCCGCCGAAAUUUACAACAGCUCUAUUUAGAAAACCCGUACCCUUACUAUGAGUUACUGCGGCCACACAAGUCAACGCUUGCGUCAAUUCAUUCGCAGUGCCUCUCGCUCGCACUUAUAUAUCAGUGCGAGCAUUGCUAGAGUCUGACCAAGCUAACCCUGCAUGGCAUUUGCUAUGACAAAGUGGGACAAUGUCAUAAUUAAAGUAAAAUUUCCAUGAAAAUAAGUUAGUAAUGACAACCGCCUCUACUUUGUUCUAUUCAAUCGGUGCAAAGUUAGCUUUAGAUGGACUUAGUGGCUAUCGAAUACGGCGUAUAGCACCCUGCAUCCGAUUAAUACCUCCAAAGUUUGAGCGAGAAAACGCUAUGCGCGUAAUAUAGCGACAUCCCGCUUUCAUGCAAGUCGGAUGCGAGCCACGGCAGCGUCAAACUCAUAAUAGUUAAAUUCUUUAAUAUUUUCCUUUUCUUUAAUAUUAGCCAUUUUCAUGUUUUUUUUUUUUUAAUUUUUAUAAAACCCUUUUCGCGUAAAAGUUUAUAACAUCAUCAAUUCUCUCUGGCCUUUUUAUAUUAAAUAACCAUACAUGCAUUAGUUGUAGUUUUAUACUUGUAGAAUGAAAUUGUUUAUAUCUUUAAUAUAUACCUGUUGAUAAUAAUAUGAAAUAAUAUCGGUAAUAAAAUAAUUAAUAAAUAUAGAAUUUGUUAUAAUUUA